CACGCCCCCUCUUACCUUGGUACGAGUCAGAAAGAACUUCCAGGCACUUGCUCGCUUCAUUCCGUGUGGAGUGCCAGGCGUGGCAUAAUCUCUUCAGAUUGCGGUGUUGCGUUGCCUUUCGCUUGUGUGCAAAGGAGAACUGGCGAUGGCAUUUGCUGACGAGCUGCUGUUGCUGGUAUCGGCUCUGCUUCUGGCCAUUCUCCUGUUCGCCUGGCUGAAGAAAAAUUCCCAGCUGUUACCAGACAUAAAGAACAAAGCAGUACUAAUCACAGGUUGUGAUUCAGGCUUCGGCAAUGAAUUGGCAAAACGUCUGGACAAGCUUGGAGUGACUGUAUUUGCGGGCUGUCUGUUUCCUGAGGGCCCUGGAGCUGUUGAACUGAAAUCAAUUAGUUCAGGACAACUUCACAUACUGCACCUUGAUGUCACUAAGGAAGACCAUGUCAAAAGAGCUGUCGAAACCGUAACAAACUCUCUUGGAGUUAAAACGCUGUGGGCUGUUGUGAACAAUGCUGGCAUUGCAACGGUUGGUAACAUGGAGUGGAUGAGUGUAGAGACCGUCAAGAGAGUGUUUGAUGUGAACACUUUUGGCCCUGUUGCUGUAACGAAUGCGUUUCUUCCUCUUCUCAGAAAAUCACGUGGAAGGGUGGUCAUUAUUUCAAGCCUGGCCGGUUUGCACAUAAUUGCAUCUGUCGGAGUUUACUGCAUGUCUAAACAUGCCACGACAGCACUGGCCAACGUGUUGCGCUAUGAGCUUAGCCAGUGGGGAAUUUCUGUACAUGAUAUCCAGCCAGGGUUAUUCAGAACCAAAAUUUCUGAACGUGGAACAGUCGAAAAGUAUGUAGAUUCCAACUGGGAUAAACUGCCUAAAGAGAUUAGUUCUGUCUACGGGCAGAAAUAUUGCAAUUAUUAUAAGGCGAAUAUUUUGAAUAUUUUUAUGCUACCAGUCUUAGGAAGUUCCAAAAUUUACCAAGUGGUUGACGAUCUGCUGCAUGCGAUAUUUGGAAAAUCUCCGAAGGCUGUUUAUCGUCCUGGCCUGAGAAGCAAGUUACUUCACGUCUUACUGUCUCUCACGCCUCCACCACUAAAAACAUAUAUAAACCACAAGCUGUUACCAGAGCUGCAGACCAAGGAUUGAAAAAUGAACGCACUGAAGAAAUUAUUGAAAAUACAGGAGACAAGAAAGGGUGAUUAGUGGGAGAAUUCUGAACUGCUGCACCACUGACUGAAGAUUCAAGAAUGCAUAUAUUUUGUAUUUCCUUACUGUACAUUUGAGUGUAAUAAAGUGUGAACUGUAUAUGUUCCUAUAACCUAUGAUA